AUGGCUGACAACAAUAACAACAACAAAAACAUGGCCAAGCCGGAGGAGAAAGAUAGAACUAGUGCCGACUCGCCUGGACUGACUGUAACUUCCAGCGAGACGCCAACUCUACCUCGGGAUCCAAGCGCUACCGCAACAGAGCAAGCUCCACCGCAGACUGUGAGAGCCCUAGACUCUGUCUGCGAGCUUGACACCCUGCCAUCUACUUCUGCUCGAGCAUCAGCGCUGCCCCGGCGCGGCGGUGGCCUGAGCGGGCGUGGUCAAGGACGCGAAGAUCAUCCAAGCCUCCUCCUCUCGCUCGUCCAAGACUCCGUACCGGAUAUGGGCCCCAGCAACAGCAACAGCAACCGCAACCGCAACCGCAACCGCACCUCUUCAGGCCCCAGUGCUAUAGGCAACCAAGCGGACCAGCGCGCUCAGCGACCUCUGCCAGUAACCAGCACCGGUGUUACAGGUGACUGCGACCUUCCUCCAGCAUCUAACACCGCUCAACUCCCACCAAUGCCUCACACCGCGCCCGCUGUUCUACCAUCCGGACGCGUCCUAGACUUCGGUUCUCCCGGCGAUCCAAACCCUUUCACUCUCCCGAGCCCAGUGGACGCCUUCGGAUUCCGCAUCUGCCCGCCGCCUAGCGAGUCCGACUACCAGGCCCACCAGGACAGCUACGACUCUGAGGCAACCGAGACCGAGGAUCGUGCAAUGCGAGUAACCCGGCGGCAACCGUCACCAGAUCCUGACCGCAAUCCGUUCGUGGAAAUGGACACGUUCGGCCAGCGCAGCGGUCCACCGGUCGCUGAUGAGGAGAGUGUGCGGCAGCUUGCGCUGGCUUCGGAUUCGCAAUACCGCGGUGGUCGUUGGCAGAUUCCGGAGCGCCAAGGUCGGGGUGGACGGGGUGGACGGGGUCGUGGCCGUGCCUUUAGGGGUAGGCCGGUGUCGUUGGACUUGGGACGUGGUGGUAUGCCGUCUCGAGGUGGAUUUGGCAGUCAAGGAAGCCAAAUUAACCUGACCUACGAUAACCCUCCUCCUGGUGGCUUCGGCACUCAGUCUAUCCCACACAGCGCCGGAUAUCCUCCCAUCUCUACUCGACCUCACCCAAUGCGUCCCCCAGGAGUACAUCGCUUCCCUGCGGCUCACGAACCUAGCCUCAGCUACCCGCGGGGAACCUUCGGUGGCUGGCCUGUGCUAACUAGCCCGACGUAUCCUUCAGGAGUUUACGGCGUCCCUGGUGCCCAGCCCGGCCCGGCAUUUCCUCCAGGAGCGUACGGUUUCGGCGGCUAUCCGCUCAUCCAGCACUAUCAUCCUACGGCUGCCCCAGGAGCUGGUGGUCGUCCUCCGAUGCCUGCUGAACACCGAGUCAGUAGCCACGCGGUCGCUAUCCGUGAGCCUGCGCGUGCUGCUCCUGGCCUGGAUCCGAGCGUUACGGGCUUCGUCCCCGCGACCUCAGCGACUUCUAGGGCAACUCAGCAGCCGCCGUUUGAGAGCAGCGAGGGUCAGGGCUAG